AUGCGUCUCAUCUCGGCCCGGGAGUCGGCAGUGGAAGCCACAUUCUGCAAUGUCGGAAGGAGCGACGAUGCUCUGAAGAGGCUGCCUGCAGCCGAGGAAGAGAACAUCCGCGACCUGCCGUCGCCGAACAGAGCCACCAGAGGGCCACCUCAGAAUGGAUCGCAGAAAACGGAAGAACGCCCAGGUAAAGUCUGGCACACACAAAAGUGUAGAGAGCGCUAUGCAGAGUUUGUUCGGAAGUCUUUCGAUCCAAGCCGGACGAUUCUCGAUCAAGCGAAGAAGAAGAAGCAGGACGUGGGGAUAUCGGUGAAGGUUUCAAUGAUGAUCUCGGCCUGGAGCUGCCCGACGAUCUUGAUCCGUUUCCGAAUUUUCCAUUGGAUGAGGAUCUGGCUGAUUACGAGCCGAGCCUGCCCGGAAUCGAGAACGAGGUGGGGGCGGAAGAUGAGUCAGCUCCUGUGGAGCCACCGGGCCCAGGCGAGCUUGAUUUUAUGCAAGUGGAAGCAGAACCUCUUGAAGCCCUCCCAGUGGGAGAGCGAGACGCUCUUAUGUCGAGUGUGA